CACGGCGUUAUGCAAGCGUAGAACAGAAAGUUUGCAGAAUUGGGAAAUGGCAGUGUCCGAGACGCCCCAUAGCUUGCAGAAUUGGGUCCUUCAAUGGGUGCUGAGGAUGCAAAUACAAAUCACCUAUCCCAAUGGGUGGCUUAUCAAGACGUUGCAAUUGAUGUUCAAUCCCGAAGAGAAGGAAUAGAUCUUCGGAAAGUGGGUUUUCAUAAUCUUAUAAAGAAAAAAACUUCUUUAAAUGUUCUUGCUGUUCUGUGUUUCCUUGGAAAGGGCGCUCUAUAUCUGGAAAUGAAAUCAAUUUUGCUUCUAGUUAUUAAUUCAGUACACUAUCUAUGGUGGUUGGUGUCUUAAACAUGUCUAUUUAUUUGAAAAGUAGAUAAUGUAUCCACUUGGAAAAAAGUUUAGGCAUUUCACUUUAUUAUGCUGGAAAAUUUGGAAAUCUGGUGCGACCUAUGUAAAACUUAGGAGAGGGUUGCAGAAGUGAAAUGACAGAUUCAAGUGAAUCAGUGGUUGAAUUCAAUGAGAGAAGUGAUAAGAUGAUGAAACUGAUGGCAACAAAGAAUGAAAGAAAUAGUUCUUGAAGACCAAGAGAGUCAGAGAAGAAUAUAUAUAUAUAGAUAGAUAUCGUUUUACACUCUUUAAUAAGGCCACCUUUGAUUUGUUUAUAUAGUAGCUCAAAAAAGUGAAAAUACUACUUACUCUGAAAGAAAAGGUUGUUGCAUAGAGAAGCAAUCCUAGCUUCCAAGAGAGGCAGCUACUUUCUUUUACCUGUGAGGUGCUUCCGCUUGAAUUAUCACUUCAGUACUAAUGAAACUUUAGCAACUGAUGUUUAUUUUUUUUCUCUUAAAACCUCUAUGUAAACCAUGACCACCCCAUCUGGAUUGCUAUAAAUUCUAUGCAGUCAAGAUGCCAUAAAACUGUAUAUGCUUAUCCCAUUAAAUUCCCCUGCAUCACCUUCUGUCUAUGGUAUGAAGAUUAAACAGAUGAAAAUGGAAACUGCAAAAAUUCAAAAAAUUCUGAAUUCAUGAUUUUUUUUUUUUGGUAUCAAUUGGGAUUUGGGGCCCAAUGCCUUGUGAUUGUACCAUCUGGAAACUCCAAUUCAAGUGGGCCUAGAGGGGCUAUAUGGCAAUCAAGGAGUAAUAAAUGGGGGUUUGAUUAAAAUACCAUGUCUUUGCUGAAGAAUUUUUAUUUUAGGGGUUUGCUAACAUGGUUCAUGCUGAAGCAACACCAUCCACACAUUGUGCCAAUUCAAAAAGCCCUUGUCUUAACAGGUAAUGCAAUGACCAUUGAGAAUUAAAUCUUGGAGAUGUGAGGAUCCAAACUAAGAAGAAAUCAACUUCCUUAAUUAGCCCGUAACAGAUGUCAGAAAUUAGUGACAGGUUGUUACAUGACCUUGUACUAUUUACACGGGUCCGAAAUUUGUUUUGCAAGGUGCUUCUGAGCAUUUAUGGCUGUCGUUAAGGGUGGAUUAUUUCAGAUAAGGUUGUUUUAAAGCUGUUACUGCAUGAAGGUUCCUUCUGCCAACUUUUUUCCAUUUGUGCUUUCUGUGUUUCUCUUCGUAAUUGAUUUUUAUUAGUCUUGUCGUUUACAUUAAUUUGUCUCAACCGCUAUGACCUGUCUUUCCCCGAAACGGCUAUAAAAGGGGGUGAGAAAUGGGGCAUUUUCAUCAUAGCAAGAUUGUUCUUGCGCUUGCUAGUUUCCAUCUCUUCAUCUUAAAAGUAAUUUGUUCUUGCACCCACUAGUUUCCAUCUCUUCAUCAUGAAACUAGCCUUGUUGAGGUCUCAUUUUCUAGUUAAACAAUGAAUUUCCUUUUGGCCUCUGACAAAGAAAAUACUGAGAAGCGUGUGGAGAUCCAUUCAUGCUUCUAUUGCAAAAAGGUGUUCAACAAUUACCAGGCUCUUGGGGGUCAUCUAAGGGCUCAUCAGGAGGGAAUUAAUGUGAGGAGGAGCUGGAAUUAUCCUGUUCAUUCCAGUAAUUUCCUUGACGUUUCCAGCACUGCCCCUAAUCCCAUCUUGAUGGGUCAGCCUGAAAAUUCCUCUGGAGGUGCUGGGAAUAAUCCAAGUUCACUUUUCAGUAGGGCAACCUCUUCUAUGGAUUUCUCUAAGUUCUGCUCAAAUGAAUCCGCCUGUGUCAAUGGUAGCAACUACGUAGAGAACAAUGUUGGAAAUGCCACAUCUAAGUAUAUCAUGUCUCCAAAUCUUUCAUCCAGCAGUGGCCGUGCCGAAGUUCAUCACUCAAAUCCUUUAACCUCGUCGCUUUUUAUUCCAUCUGCUAGCACUGCAACCACUGGUUUUCCUAUGGGUUCCUCAUUGUACUCCAGUCCAUAUGGAAUCUGUCAGUUUAAUACUGACGAAUUAAGAACAUUUAGGGAUGGUACGCCAUUCUCCUCUAGAGAUGCCUUGCCAAACUUUCAGCAUCACAACCUUAGUGAUGGUCAGUGUUCAGGCCAAAAUGGAGUUGAUAAGUAUAAUGAGAGUAGUAUGUUAACUUGUGAAGGAGGUAAGAAACGCUGCUUAGAUGAAGUCCUGGGGAAUUCUGACAUGAUGAAUUCAUCAAAAAGGCCUCAGAUCAGCUCCAACCUGCCUGCAGAAACAGAGAAGCCUCAGAAGAAAGAGUUACUUCUUUUUAAGGAUGUGGAGGAUUCCUUUACUGUGUUGGGGAUUUCUUUUGAUGACAAAACGGAAGAUGAAGCAGAUCUGGAUCUAUCUCUGCACCUGUAGCUUUGUACCUUUUUCUUUAUAACUAAAUAGAUGUAUGGAUGGGUUUGCUGGUUAUGUAUAUAUUAUGGUUUUGGUGUAUGGAACUCUCUCUCUUUCUCUCUGCUC